AUGGACCCUUAUCUGGGCAUCUUCUUCCUCACUCCCUUCUUCCAAUCCUGCUGUGCCUGGUCAGUGAAUAAUUUCCUGAUGACGGGCCCCCAGGCCUACCUCAUCUACUCCAGCAGCGUGGCAGCCGGGGCGCAGAGCGGCAUCGAGGAGUGCAAGUUCCAGUUUGCCUGGGACCGCUGGAACUGCCCCGAGAGGGCCCUGCAGCUCUCCAGCCACGGCGGGCGGGGCACAAACCGAGAAACCGCUUUUGUCCAUGCCAUCAGCUCUGCGGGCGUCAUGUACACGCUGACCCGGAACUGUAGCCUGGGGGAUUUUGACAACUGUGGCUGCGACGACUCCCGCAACGGGCAGCUGGGGGGGCAAGGCUGGCUGUGGGGAGGCUGCAGCGACAAUGUGGGCUUUGGGGAAGCCAUUUCCAAGCAGUUUGUGGAUGCCCUGGAGACUGGACAAGAUGCCAGACCUGCCAUGAACCUGCACAACAACGAGGCGGGUAGAAAGGCCGUGAAAGGGACCAUGAAGCGGACGUGCAAAUGCCAUGGCGUGUCGGGGAGCUGCACCACCCAGACAUGCUGGCUGCAGCUGCCCGAGUUUCGGGAGGUGGGCACUUACCUCAAGGAGAGGUACCACAAAGCCCUGAAGGUGGACCUACUGCAGGGUGCAGGGAACAGCGCUGCCAGCCGCGGUGCCAUCGCUGAGACCUUCAGCUCCAUCUCCAAGAAGGAGCUGGUCCACUUAGAAGACUCUCCUGACUACUGCCUGGAGAACAAGACGCUGGGCCUGCUGGGUACGGAGGGCAGGGAGUGCCUGAAGAGGGGCAAGGCACUCAGCAAGUGGGAGAAGCGGAGCUGCCGGCGGCUGUGUGGGGACUGCGGGCUGGCAGUGGAGGAGAGACGAGCCGAGAUGGUGUCCAGCUGCAACUGCAAGUUCCACUGGUGCUGCGCCGUGCGGUGUGAGCAGUGCCGCAAAAGGGUCACCAAGUACUUCUGCGUCCGCAAGGACAAGCGGGAACGGAGCGGGGGCAUCGGGGCCAACCGCAAGCUCAAGAGAAAGCUCUGA